AUAUCUUAGAAACUUUAUGGCACGAUUUGAAAAUUAAAACUUUCUUUUUCUGUUAACUAGUCACUUGAUCACAUCACUUUAUAUUCUGAUUCCCUCUUAAAGAAUCAUCCAAGAAUCUCUCACCCUCUAUCAACUGAAUCUUCAUCUUCUCUUAAUAUGCUUGAUUGAUUGAAGAGAAUUAAGCAUCUAAGGUAGCCAUGGUUGACACUGAAAUUGAGCCUCCACCACGUAUUGAGGGAAAAUUUACAGCAUUGGUGGUUUGUUGGCUUCUUGGCAAUGGUGUUCUUUUCUCUUGGAACAGUAUGCUAACAAUAAUAGAUUACUAUGAAUAUUUGUUUCCGAACUAUCAUCCCUCUAGAAUGCUUACUCUUGUGUAUCAACCAUUUGCAUUUGGAACAAUAGCAAUACUAGCAUACAAUGAGGCCAAGCAAAAUACAAGAAAGCGGAAUCUAAUUGGAUAUUGGCUCUUUUUCUUGAGCGUUUUGGCUGUGUUAAUUUUGGAUUUAGCAACAUCUGGAAAAGGAGGACUUGGACCUUUCAUCGGUGUAUGCGUAAUAAGCGGUAUAUUCGGAAUAGCAGAUGCCUAUACACAAGGAGGAAUGAUUGGAGACUUAUCUUACAUGCUCCCAGAAUUUAUGCAGUCUUUUCUUGCUGGUGAAGCAGCAUCAGGUGCUCUAACAUCAGGUUUGCGGUUAAUGACAAAAGCAAUAUUUAAUAAUUCUAAGGACGGUCUUCGCAAAGGAGCCAUUAUGUUCUUUGUCAUGUCAACAAUCUUUGAGCUUCUUUGCGUUAUUCUCUACGCAUUUGUGUUUCCUAAAUUACCAAUUGUGAAGUACUAUCGUUCAAAAGCAGCAUCAGAAGGAUCGAAAACUGUUACAGCUGAUCUUGCUGCAGGUGGCAUUCAGACCUCACCGAAAGGAGCUACUGGAGAAUCAACACAAUUCGAGCGCAAAGGAAAGAAACAAUUGUUAAAGGAAAACAUUGAUUAUGCACUUGAUAUGUUUAUGAUCUAUACGCUCACAUUGUCUAUUUUCCCUGGAUUCUUAUCAGAAGAUACCGGAAAACACAGUUUAGGCACCUGGUAUGCUCUUGUGUUAAUUGCAAUGUACAAUGUAUGGGAUCUCGUCGGACGAUAUGUUCCACUGAUUAAAAUCAUAAAUAUGGAGUCCAGAAAGUUGAUCACCACCGCGGUUGUUUUGCGAUUUUUACUUGUACCGGCAUUUUAUUUCACGGCAAAGUAUGGUACUCAAGGAUGGAUGAUAUUCUUGACAUCUUUCUUAGGGUUAUCCAAUGGUUACCUCACUGUUUGUGUUCUCACUGCAGCACCAAAAGGUUACAAGGGACCUGAACAAAAUGCUCUGGGAAAUAUUUUGGUGUUCUUUAUUCUUGGAGGUAUUUUUACAGGGGUAUUACUUGAUUGGUUGUGGCUAAUUGGUAAAGGAUGGUGAGGCCUUAUUCACAAACAGAUUAUUGAAAUAGUGAUUAUGAAUAUUGUUUAGUAAAUUCUCUUUGGACAGUGUUGGUGUUCAUUCUUUUCGAUUUCAAAGCUAAAUACAUUGUUGCUCAAUUUUUCUCAAUUGUUUAGCGACUAAGGCUAAUUUUUAG